AUGAGUGACGAUGCGGGUAACUUACCCGUUGAACAAACAUCCCCAUCUCCUCCUUCUCCUCAACUUCCACCAUCAAGUUCAACUCCAACCAAUUCCGAAAUCAAAAUCUUUUAUUAUAUCGAUGACCAAGAUCCUCCUUAUUUAACAAAAUUAAAUUUAUCUAGUUCACCACGUUUAAAAGAUUUUAAAAAUGCUCUUGAUCGUAAUUGUACAAAAUAUAAAUUUUUCUUUGCAACAAAUGAUCCUUCGAUUGGAAAAGUUAAAGAAGAAAUAACUAAUGACGAACAAAUUUUACCGUUUGAUACAACAGAUCGUAUUCUCGCUUAUCUUGUCUCAAUUGAAGGUAGUACAACAUCUAGUGGUGGCGGAGGAGGAGGCAGUAAACAAUCUAAACAUCAUCAUCAUUAUGAUCGGGAUGAUACAAUAGCAACAUCAACAACAAGUAGUUCAUUUGCUAUUCAACAGCCGCGUUUACAACGUACAAGUCGACGUUAUGCAUCAGGAAAUAGUGCUGAUCACGAAAAAUAUUUUAAACCACAAUCACAACAACAACGAGUAAUUAAUGAUGACAUAGCAUCAUUUCCCAGUAGCGAUUUAGAAUCAACAACAUUUUUAGAUGAAACUGAAGAUGAUAGAUAUUCAACAGUUACGGAUUCAACAGCAGUUUCAUCAAGAUAUCAUGGUCGUAAUCGUCCUCGUCGACCAAAAAAACAUCGAUUACCACCAGGAUUUGAUCGAACUUCAUCGUUCAGUAGUCUUAAUUCAGAAUCAACAAUGACAUUAAAUAUCAUAACUGUAACACUUAAUUUAGAUGCAGUUAAUUUUUUGGGUAUUAGUAUUGUUGGUCAAAGUGAUAGAACAGGUGGAAGUGAUGGAGGAAUUUAUAUUGGAUCAAUAAUGAAAGGCGGAGCUGUAGCACAAGAUGGUCGUAUUGAACCUGGAGAUAUGAUUCUUCAAGUGAAUGAUAUAAGUUUUGAAGGAUUAUCUAAUGAUGAUGCAGUUAAAAUUCUUCGCGAAACUGUACAAAAACCUGGUCCUAUAAAACUAGUUGUUGCUAAAUGUUGGGAUCCAACACCACGCGGUUAUUUUACAUUACCUCGUCAUGAACAAGCACGUCCUGUAGAUCCAUUAUCAUGGCUUGCACAUACACAAGCUGUACAAAAUACAUAUAAUAAUCCUCAACAUCAUUUAUUACUUCAUCAUCCACCAAAUCAUAGACAAUCAUUAAUUAAUUCUACAGCAAAUGUUAAUUCAACUAUAUCGACUACCAGUAAUACAAUGACUGAUCAUGAGCGUUUUGGUCUUGAUCUUAAUUUAACUGUUAAUUCGGAUAUGGAUACAAUUGUACGAGCCAUGGCUGAACCUGAUUCUGGUCUUGAUAUACGUGAUCGUAUUUGGCUUAAAAUACCUAUUCCGAAAUCUUUUCUUGGAUCUGAUUUGGUUAAUUGGUUGUUCGAAUAUGUCGAUGGAUUUGUUAAUCGAAAUGAUGCAAGAAAAUAUGCAUCAUCAAUGCUUAAAGCUGGUUAUAUUCGACAUACAGUUCAUAAAUUAACAUUUUCUGAACAGUGUUAUUAUAUUUUCGGAGAUUUUUAUGCACAAGGUAUAUCUCAAUUGACACUCGAUGAAGAAGCUGAAGAUUAUGAAACUGUCUCAGAUCAAACAAGUGCUGAACAUCGUAGUGGUGAUUCAUCAUUAACAACACUACGACAAAAUACUGUAACAACAUUUGGUUUUGUUGAUAAAAACAAUGCUCCACUUCAAUCACCUUCUCAUUCAUUAUUUUCUGAUACACAUAAUUCAGUUAUGUUAAUGAAAACAUCUCCUUGUCGACAUCUUUCAUGCAUGGAUCCGGCGAUAAUAUGCAGCAAUAAUCAUGACAAUGAUAUAACGACAUCUUCAUCACCUGUUGAAAUGUUUAGUACACCGAAAUCUUUACAACGUCGAACAGGUCCUUUUGGUGUUAAACGUUUGGAAUAUUUAAAACAAUUAUUAAAUGAAUAUGAACAUAUAUCAACAAAUAAUGAAAAUAAACUUCAAUUACUUGCAAAUUUUGCUAAUUUUUCAUAUGAUCCAAUAAAUUAUAUUUAUCUUCGACAAUUAAAUAUAAUUGAUUUAUUUCUUGAUUGUUUACAAAUGCAUACAGAUGAUGAUUUCGUUCAUUAUGCAUUAGCUGGUUUAUGUAAUAUGAGUGCAGAUAAAAUAAAUAAUCAAUUAAUUCUAGAAAAAAAUCCAACAAUUUUAAUAUGUUUAAUAAAAUAUUUGUUUUCAAAUCGAUUUGAUAUUGUUAUUAAUUCAAUGUUAACAUUAAUGUCCCUAUGUGAUUAUAAUGAACAAAUAAAAAAUGAAUUAAUACAAAGAAUUGAAAUACGUCAAUGUUUAGAAAAAUAUUCACAAUCAAAAGAUAUUAGAUUAUCAAAUAUGGCGAAGUUAUUUUUACAAGAUUAUUUUUCUUAA